AUGAAUUUCGAUGAUGUCGCUUGGGAGGCUUAUUGUAAAGCGAAUAAGAAGUUUGCCGAGAUUGUGGCUGACUAUGUUCAGGAAGGAGAUCUUGUUUGGGUGCAUGAUUAUCAUUUGAUGCUGUUGCCUCAGAUGCUGAGAGACGAGAUGGCCAGGCGAAGACAACAGAAAGAGUCUGCCGAGGCAUUCAAAUUGUCGAUUGGAUUCUUCCUUCACACGCCAUUCCCUAGUUCGGAGAUUUAUAGAGUGUUGCCAGUUCGUAAGGAGAUUCUUUUGGGAGUGUUACAAUGUGAUUUGGUGGGAUUCCACACCUACGACUAUGCUCGACACUUUUUAUCGUCGGUGUCACGGAUAUUGCAUAUAAACCCGUCUCAUAACGGAGUCACUAUUGAUGGUCGCAAUGUGACGGUUGGUGCGUUCCCAAUAGGUAUUGACGCCGACUCGUUUAUUAACGGGCUUAAACAGCCGGAUGUACAAGCUCGUAUUGAUACUUUGGAGAAGAAGUUUGGCGACACAAAGAUCAUUGUUGGCGUAGACCGUCUGGAUUAUAUUAAAGGAGUUCCGCAAAAGUUCCAUGCAUUUGAAAUUUUUCUGGAAGAGCACCCCGAGUGGAUUGGAAAGGUCGUUUUUGUGCAAGUGGCUGUGCCGUCUCGUCAGGAUGUCGAGGAGUACCAGAAUCUACGGGCCGUUGUGAACGAGUUAGUAGGUCGCAUCAACGGCAAAUUUGGCAGUGUCGAGUUCACCCCGAUCCACUUUUUGCACAAGAGCAUUGAUUUCAAGGAACUGAUUUCCCUGUAUGCUGUGAGUGAUGUGUGUCUGGUGAGCAGUACUCGAGACGGCAUGAACCUCGUGUCGUACGAGUAUGUAGCAUGUCAAGAGAAGAAGAACGGAGCGCUCAUUCUGUCCGAGUUCACCGGAGCAGCCCAAUCACUGAACGGCAGUAUCAUCGUCAAUCCUUGGAACACGGACGAGAUGUCCACAGCCAUUGUCGACGCGCUGACCAUGUCCGAGGAAAAGCGCCGCGUCAACCACCAGAAGCUGCUCAAGUACGUUUCCAAAUACACGGCGGCCUUCUGGGGAGACAACUUCGUCAGCGAGCUGGAAAAAAUCAGCGAAGCCACACCCUCAUCCUGA